CUAAAUGUAACAUGGUCAUUUUUACAUUUUUAUAUUUCUACUAUUCAUGGUGAUCAAUCCCCAUUCAGGUCAUUUUAACAGGUCCCUUUACUUACUUUUGCAUCAGUGUGUUAGGUUUUAAUCCCGUUGUUUAUGUUCUUUUGUAUGUGCUUUGUAUGUUCACUUUCACUUACUUUUCUUUUGUUUAAACCUGUUUUGUAUGUUGUGUCAUGCUGUGUUUGUUUUAAGUUAUGUUUUAUGUUCCAUAUUUGGUAUUAUUCACUCACAUCUGAGUUGGGGUGUUGCCCCAGUUUUUGUCAAUAGUUGCCUAGAGGUAUAUGAUAGAUUGUGUACAGAACACUGUGUUUUGAAGUUGGAAAUAUAUAUUUUUGAGACAUUUUACUUAAAUCUUACGUUUUAUUAUUUGCCACCCACGGCCUUCCAUCGCCCAUUUACAAUGGUACCAGGAGUGGGGUGAGCACGAGCAACAGUGGGGUAAGGCAGAUAUAUUAUUAGGCAAUCAAGGAUAUUCAAUUAGUAAACAAGAAGCUGUCAAAAUGGAGAAAACGAUUUCUGAAACUUUAGGAACAAUGACUAACCUUAUGUCAUCUUUCUUCGAACACUUGGAUAAAAUGCGAAGUGAUUUGGAAAACAUCAAUGGAUAUUUAUUUCGUGACAUGCAAUACUCUUCAAUUCAAACUUGUUGGUUUUGCAAAAUUCCUGGACAUCAUAAAGCAACAUGUAAGAGAUACAAGAUGGCACGUCACUAUUGUUCAUUAUGCGCCACAUAUGGACACCGUAACAAGGAUCAUUGUGAGCCAACAACGAAUACUAAUUGCAUCAAAAUUCCGAACAACAUGCACCCUGACCUUAAAACGGCAUCCGUGCAAACCAAGAAAAUAAAGGAAACUUACAAACCGAACCACAGCAAGUAUUCGCAGACACAGACGUUUGACAUGGAUAAAUAUAUAACUGCUGUCAAAAAUUACAAGAAAAUAGAAAGUGAACUUUAUGGACAAAAACAUGGUAAUGACAUUUAUCGUGAGAAAAUUUGCACAAUGGAGACGGAUACAGCUAAUCUUAAAUUACAAUUGAAGUCACAAAAGAAACGUAUUUUAUCUUUAGAAGAGGAACUCACUGCAUAUGCAACAAAUGAUCAAAAAGCUGAUUUAAAUCCAGAUCAUCUAAUAUCUCAACUACAGGAAUCGCAGAAACUUAUUACAUCUCUUCAAUCUCGGAACAACGAAUACUCGACAAUGAUACGUGAUAUGAAUGCUAAACUCGACAAUCAACUUCAGAGAAAUAUACUGGUUGGAAAAUGUGAUUAUGCAACAAAUUCAACGGAUUCAAAUUUGGACCUAUGGAAACUUGGACUGCAUAUGUUUGGAAUGCCUCAUAUAGCCCCAACAUGUGAAGUGGGCUUAUAUUUCCCCUACAGCUACAAUGGUUCCAUCUAUUGUUUCUACCCUGGUCCUCUGAGCUGGUGGGAUGCUGAGCCGAAGUGUCAGGAAAAUGGCGCAUACUUGGCUGCCAUUGAAACCGAAGAAGAACAACAUGCUUUACAAAGCUACGUGCGCAGACAUGGCACUGAUGACAUGUACAUUGGCCUCAGGCGAGAUGAGGACACUGGCAUUUAUCAUUGGAGCGGGUUAUCCGAUACAGUGACAUACUUCUCUUGGGCAGAAGACAAUCCCCAGGAGCGUAAGGGUGAAUCCUGUGUGCUGUUGAGCAAGUACUGGAUCCAUGACUAUAACUGGGGCGAUUGGUAUUGCUCUGGAAGAUAUGGUUUCAUUUCAUGCGGCGUGGGCUUAUAUUCACCCUACACCUACAAUGGCUCCACGUAUUGUUUCUACCCGGGACCUUUGAGCUGGACGGAUGCUGAGCUGAAAUGUCAGGAACAUGGCGCAUACUUGACAGCUAUUGAAACUGCAGAUGAACAAAAUGCUCUAAGGGGCUACCUCCGCAGACAUGGCAUGGGUUGGAUGCACAUUGGCCUUAAGCGAGACGUUGGCACUGGCCUCUAUCAUUGGAGUGGGUCAACGGAUACAGCAACAUACUUCUCUUGGGGACGAUACGACCCUGGUUGGGGUAAUGAGAAAUGCGUCAUAAUGAUCACUAAAUUAAACUAUGACUACAACUGGGCAGAUUUUGUAUGCUCUGAAAAAACUGGUUUCAUGUGUGAGCAUAAAAAUCAUUGAACGAUUGAAGUAAAGACACUCUACUAUACCUUGCAUCUGGUGUUCAUGAGCAACCCAUUUGGCUUAUUAAUGAUGAUUAUGUUAUUUGUUUUUAUUUGUCUAUUCCUUAUUAAUGGUUUAUCGUUUGAAUGUUAGAUGUUAC